CCCGAUAAGUAUACUGCACUUUUACUGAACAAUGGCGCGACUAGGCAAGCUAGACGAGUUCGACGAGAAGGAUCAGAAUUUUGAAUCCUAUCUGGAGCGUUUUGAGCACUUCGUCACCGCAAAUGACAUCAGAGAGGAAAAGAAGCUGGCAGUAUUCUUGAGUGUGAUAGGACCACGAACGUACGAGGUGCUCAAAAGUUUGGUAGUACCCGCUGUUCCUGGGGACAAGUCCUUUGAAGAGGUCACAGUGCUGUUGAAGAAACACUAUAGCCCACAGUGCUCGGUCAUUGCCGAACGUUGCAAAUUUAACAAGCGAGCACAAGAAGAGCAGGAAAGCGUCGAGGACUUCAUAGUGGCCUUAAAACAGUUAGCAAGAAAGUGCGAUUUCGGUCAGUUUCUGCAAGACGCGCUGCGAGACAGAAUAGUGGCAGGCAUAAGACGCGAGGAAACGCAACUCGCCCUAUUUGCUGAAGAAGAUUUAACCUUCGAAAAGGCGUGCAAGAUAGCCCAGGACCGAGAGCAGGCUGCGCGACAGACAGCGUUACUUCAUGCAGAAGGCAAGGAAGCGGCUUUUUAUGCAAUGGCGAUAAGAGGAAAAGGAAGCGAAAAGAAAUCGAAGCUUCGGAAGCUCAAGGAAGCCAAGCGAGUUUGCGAAAGAUGUGGCAAGGCGCAUGCGGCUAGUGUUUGCUGGUAUAAGAACGUCCAGUGUCACAGCUGUUCUCAAAUCGGUCAUCUACAGAAGAUGUGUCCAAGUAAUCGCAGAGAACUCAAGACUGCAAACGUGGUGGACUGCUCUGAUAGUGACUCUGAAUUAGAUGUGUACCAUGUUAUCAAUACCGUGCGUUCUGGGUAUGAAGUGCAGCUAAACGUAGAAGGGCAAGACCUCUGCAUGCAGAUUGAUACGGGAGCAGCUGUAACACUAAUUCCUGAGAGUGUGAGGCUGAACGCAUUUCCUCAUGUCAAGUGCGAGCCAUCUCGAGUCACCCUAAAAACAUACACUGGGGAACCUGUUCCAGUAAAAGGGCAAUGCAACGUUCCGUUACGGUGGGAAAAGUCUUUGCGGCUACCCGCUAUUAUCGUCAAGGAUAACGGCAAGCAGCUACCAUUGCUGAUGGGGCGAAGUUGGCUUGAAAGGCUCGGGCUUGACUGGAAAAGCGUGUUUGCUAUAAAUGUAAGCGACUCUCACAAGGUAGAGGCGGUUAAAAAGAAGUUCCCAGGGGUGUUUUCUAAGCAACCUGGAAAAGUAAAAAACUAUCAAGCAAGGAUAGUUUUAAGCCAGAAUUGUACGGCUAUUUUUGGCAAGGCCAGAAACGUCCCAUUUGCGCUUCGAGAUAAAGUGGAAGGCGAGCUAGAAAGGCUAGAGAAAAGCGGUGUUAUACGCCCCGUAAAUUGGAGCGAUUGGGCCACGCCAGUAGUCGUAAUCCAAAAGAAAGAUGGUUCACUGAGGCUGUGCGGGGACUACAAAGCGGUGCGAUUUACGCAUUCGGACCACAUCAGAGCCCGCCACGGAAGCCAGGAUUCUUCAAGUUAUCCGCAGGCACAACCUGCUCCAACGGCAUCCGUAGACACGACUCCACCGACGGUUCCGAUGGCGUGUGGGCCAGUCGCCGGGUCGCCUCUCGUAAAUCCACACGCAACCGACUCUGCGACGUCUCUCCUUCCGGCAACUGCAUCGCCCACGGCCGGAGCAGCUGCCUCCGGCUCGCCGGACCAGCCCAGUGCCGACGACGCGCCACCUGCAGCCGAACUUCCAACUCUGCGUCGUAGUGCACGUGUACGACAUGUCCCGAACAGAUACCAGUCCAGUGACUUUCGGAAGUAA